CCGCCGCUGCAAUGGAAUCCGGUCCAGGGAAAGAAGACCGGGACGCCCGCAUCAAAAUACCGGCCCAUUGGCACAGGCCCGGGCAACGCGACUACUCAAACGCCCACGCCUCCACUGGGGCGCAGAGCGCUGUGCCAGCCGAUGGCUCCCCGCCGCCGCCGCGACCUGCUUCGCUCGUCGGUCCUCCCAAAGAGCGGGUCCAUGAGCAGGCUGGAGGCGGAAGCCGCGGCACAAAGGGAUCGAGCUCCGCGGCGGCGGGUGUCCACCAAAGGAACAAGAAGGUCGGCGGCGGCAUUCCUUCUCCGGCACUUUACCCUCCAAGCUCCGUGCGCAGGAGCCCCUCCAACCCGUUGGCUGACGACGAUGCGGCCUAUGGACCCGGAGCCGGGUUGUCAAGCCCGGCGGUGGGCAGCGACAAGGGGAAGGGGGUAGCGUGGAGGCAUCCGAUUGUGACGGAGACGAUGACGGCACCGCAGGAGGUGAGGCCGCCGCCCGACCCGUUCGACUGCAAACUGGUGUUCGAAGAGUUGUUUCAAGAGCAAGCGAAGAUCAAUCGGGUGAGUAGGCGAUGGGCCGAGCAGGAGGAGACGCAGAAGCAGGUGAAACCGACAGACGUCAAGGAGACGCUCUUCAGAAAGUUAAAAAACUAUUUCACCCGCAAGAAAGAGGAGAAACCAGGACAAUUCAUUGUGAGAACCCAGCCUAAAAGAGGGAAAUUGUUCUGGAGUCAGGUCAAGAAGAUUUUUGAUAGAGGAGGAAGGCAAUCAUAUGAGGAACAUGUGUGUUACCAGACAAUUCCCAUCAGGGAGGUCUGGAAUUAUUAUCCUCGUCUCCAUCAUAGGGCCAUGGGGCUUACCCCUUGCAGGCCGAGUCAUAUGGCCGUGGACCAAGCAGUAGUUCCUUUUAACGUGACGAGCCUUGAUGCAUAUUCAGAAUUUAGGCGGGUGCUUGGAGAUGGGGAGUGUUUCUACAGGAGCUUCAUAUUUUCGUACCUUGAGCAAGUUCUUGAUUGGCAAGACAUAAAUGAGGAAGACCGUCUUCUUGCUGUUGUUAAUAGAGUGGCUACACAACAUGCAAAUCUUGGAUGGACCUCUGAGUUUACCAGGAGCCAAAAAGCAUUUCAGAACCUGAUAAAGAAAGUAAUACGAUGGAAGACACAAGACACACAAGGCAGCUUUGCAACAACUGCUGCCGUAAAUAGAAACUUCUCAAGUUCUUCAACACCUAUGAUACAACGGAAGACAUUUUUGUUUUCCUCAGAUUACUGGCAGCUAUCUGGAUAUGCUCGCACAGUGAGGAGUAUGAGCCGCUUAUACCUGGGGUCAGAGGAAAUUACGAUUUGAAAAAUUGGUGCACUCAGAACCUUGUAUUAUCUCGUCAGUUUACGGACCAUGUUCAGAUGAGAGCCUUGGCCAGCGCGCUUGAGAUACCCCUCAAAGUGGAGCAACUCAGGGGUGUACCUGCUCAAGAUAUCUACACUGCUCCUGGAGUUUCUCGUGUGAGUGUGACCUUGCUGUAUACGGCCAUUCACUACGACAUCAUCUAUCCACGACCUCCUGAUGGUCAGCACAGUCCCCGGUGACAAAAUCCUGCUGACAAGGGUUCGACUGCUGCCUAUAAAUAUCAGCAUUUUCGAGAUUGGUGGUACAGAAUUAGAUAUACUCUUCGGAUGCACAAACUGCUGGUGGCCUGGUGCCAUUGCACUGAUCAAUGGCUGCUCCCUUGUCUGAAGAGUGUGAUAGGGAAGAACAAGUCGUGUUGUUUGAAUUGUAGGGCUGUGUGCAAUGAUUCUUUUGUGAUCACAUUCAUCUGUGCUAACAUUCUGCAAUUAUGGCAAAAAUUUAUUUCCUCUACAAGUGUCAUUAGCAAUCCAAUGUUGAAAAAACAUUCACUUACAAACA